CACACACAAACACACAUUCACAAAAUAAUAAUAAUAACAACAAACCGGAAUAAUUUGUUUCUUUGUCAGUUGAGUGUAUAUUGUAUGCUGUUGUCUCUUCUUAUAUAUACUAACUUACAGACCUUACAGCUUUGCUUCGUUUCCAAGCAAGCUGCUAAAAUCAAGCCGGUCUGCCCGGUACAUUUAUUCAUCUCAAAUAAUAAUUAAAUAUAUUAUUUUUUAUAAUAAAAAAAAUAGUUUAUUAAAUUGUGUUGUUAAAUAAAUUUUUUUUUAUUUAAUUUUCAGCUAUUAUUUUGGAGGUAACAAAACAAAAUUUAAUUAUAUUCUUAAAAAAAAAAAAAAAAAAAAAAUUUAUUUAAUAUCUGUGUUAAAAAUGAGUCAACACGCCGACUAGCAAAAGCAAGCAAAAGAACUCCGUUAAUUCGACAAUACAUGUAACAUAUUUAUUUUUUUUUUCUUUUUUUCCUUUUGUUCUCAGUAAACGUAUUUAGGAAACGAGCCAGAAUCAUUUAAGUGUUUUUGUGAUUGUGCAUAUGUGUAGAGAUAUAUAACUAUAUCGAAAUCAUCAUCACCAUCAUCACCAUCAUCAUCAUCAUCAUCUUGAGCAUCAUUUUGUUGAAAAUAUAAAGCAUAUAUUAAAAUAUCAAAGUUGCUUCCAGUUGCUUGAGUCACUUGUGUGUUGAAUAUCGAAAAUAUAAGAAUGGCGGCUGUUGAGUGUUAUCAGAAUCAAAAUGAAAAUCAUUCAAGUCCAAUGAAUGAACCAAUGGAUGAACAUCAAGAACAAGAUAAUGAUGGACAAAAUCAGCAAAAUAAUCAAGGUCAACAAAAUAAUCAAGCAAGUGCUGGAAUACCCGGUAAAGAUGAUGAACGUAAAUUAUUUGUUGGCGGACUUUCUCGUAAUACAACUGAAAAGGAGUUGCGCGAGCAUUUUGGCAAAUUUGGUGAUAUUGAAAGCAUAUCGGUCAAGAUGGAUCAGUACACUGGUAUAUCAAGGGGUUUUGCAUUUAUGGUUUUUACUAAUCCAAAAACUAUUGAUAAAUUACUUGCAUCUGGUGAACAUUACAUCAACAAACGCAAGGUUGAUCCAAAGCGUGUGAGUAAAAAAGCUCAAUAUGGAAAAAUAUUUGUCGGUGGAUUGACAUCUGAAAUAAGUGAUGAUGAUAUUAAAUCAUAUUUUGGUCAAUAUGGUACAAUUGUUGAAUUACAAGCACCAUUUGAUAAAACUAAAAAUCAAAGAAAAGGAUUUUGCUUUGUUACAUUUGAUUCAAAGGAUGUUGUUUAUAAAUUAUUAAAAACACCAAAACAAGUUAUAAAUGGUAAAGAAGUUGAUGUUAAAAAAGUUAAAGUUAAUCCAGAAGUUAAUCGUCAAGGUUAUUGGGGUACUGGUGGUUAUGGUGGUUAUGGUUAUACUGGUGGUUAUAACUACAUACCAGAAUAUGGUAAUGGUGGUAGCGGAGGUGGUGGUGGUGGUGGAGGUGGUGGUGGUUAUCAAGGUGGCUAUGAUGAUAGUUAUAGUAAUUAUGAUAAUUACACUGGAUAUGAAGCAUUUGAUAAUAGCACUGGUUAUCCAAUUGCUGGUAAACCACGUGCAAGUGCACAAGGACCAAGACAGUUCCAGCGACACCAGCCUUAUUAAUUUUAUAAUAUAAUUAUAAUAAUAAUAUUAAUUAAUAAUAAUUCAGUUAUCUUCCUACGUUUGACACAAACAAUCACAAAAAAAACAAACAAUACCCAUUAUUUUCAAUUAUAUAUAUUUUUUUUUUCUUUCUUUAUUAUUUUUCAAUUUGUCAUCAAACUGUUCAAUGGUUCCAUGGUGAUAACAUGCGAGAAUGCGAAUUUAUUAUUAUUCAUUUGAGAUUAAUAUGUAAGAAUGAUCCUAGAUACUACGAAAAAUACAUUGAGAUAUUUUUUUUGUUUUUUUUUUUUUAUAUAUAUCAUUGAGUUUAUUGAAUAUUCUCGUUGAUUUAAAAUUCAAAUAUAUAAUAAUUUACGAUCAAGCGCUCUCAUAGAUAAGUCCCUUCUCAA